AUGAGUUCUGGAUUCGUACGAGGGCCCAUCUGUGGUGUCGAUAACUGUACAUCGAAUCUUUGGAAGCGGAUUGAUGGUCGAAAUGUGUGUUACUAUGGCCACGUGAACGAAAAUGAUAUCGAGAUCGAUGACGAAGAAGAUCAACUAGACAAACAGACACAGGGAACCUUUUCCAGACGUUUGAGAAACGUGGCUGGUUUGACAGAUACACAAGCAAAGAAGCUGAGGAGUCAGCAACUGUUACAAGAACAACAAAGAGAUUACGCGCACGGAUUGGAACUCAAGAAAUUACUGAUCCAGUGUCUCCAAAUUAUUUUGAUGAGACAAACAGAAAUGCUGGAAGCCAAGCUUAAUCUCCCGCAUGGAUACCAGAACGCAGUGAAAAGGUACUGGGCGAUGUACCUGAUGAAAAAACAUACCAAGAAACAUUCUUCUAAGCUGUCAAGCCAGAUGGCUGAUUUCUCGAGCGUGCCAACGGUUUCGGACCUGUUGGUGUUUUGUUAUUUGGGACUUGUGCGCAUGAGGGUCCCUGUUUACUUUAAUGAUUUGUGGUUGAUGGUUUCGAGUGGCGAGCUCCCGUUUUUGAGAGCAGAGAACGUGAUACCUGUGGACCUCCGGCUCCGAGUCCCGGUGCACGCGUUGCGCGUUUUUCACGGCCCUGCUGGACAGAAGGUGGACCAUUUAAUAAAAAUCGGGCGGUGGGUGCGGGAGCUAGCAAUUGAGCAAGAAUUGGCAAUCUCAUUCAACUGGUACCCGUUGCUAUCAAAGACGGUUCUGCGUCUCCGGCUCCCAUUAGAAAUAAUAAUAAUGGUGAGCAAUAUCAUACGGGGCUCGGGACUGGAAUUGCGUAUUGCCGCAUCGAAAUCGUCUCCGAACCCAGAAAUAGCGAUAUGGGCGCUGAUAGUUGUAAGUGCUACGGAAUAUUUCGCGCAAAAUGUGCUGAAGUACGGCAUUUGGAGGGAGAUAUACGAAUCAAGAAGCGCCUCGCGGGACGAGAUGGGGGUAAUGCAGAAUCAGGUGAGCAACAAGUCCGGGUUCCUCGAUCUUGUUGGGUGGAGCGAGAAACAAACUAACGAGUACCUGGACUUUUUUGAGAGUCAAUUGCUUCCAAUUGUGUCCAAGGAUAAUCUUGUGGAUGAUACUAACACCAAAUAUCACACUCAAAAGAUCAUGACCAACAGACUGUUCAACAUAUUUGACCUGCCCCAAAUAGCAACAAAUCACAUGGACCCCGUAUCUUGUGUAAUUGCCGAUUACAAGAGAUAUACGGAGCCAUUAGCCAAGCCUACUCAAUUCAACCGGGAUUUUACAAAAGGCAUUAUAAAAGGAGAGAUAAGAGCAAACUACGGCAUAAAAGAGUCGAUCGUAGAUAAGCACGUUAUCUGGGGGAUGAAACAGGCCAAGAAAGCUGCAAACCACUCCUAA